CACUAUAAUUUAUAGAGAGAGAAAUAAAAGCGUUUUUGCAUAGAGAACUCAAAAACGAAAUAUCAAUUUUUUUUUUUUGUUUAAAAGACAAAACCAAAAUUUUUGUCAUUGUUAGAGGUGGAUCGCAGUAAUCGGAAGGCAGAUCUGUUUAGUUAGUUAAGAUGGAAGGAGUUGGGGCCCGACUGGGGCGGUCCUCGACCCGUUACGGACCGGCAACGGUUUUCACCGGACCGGUUAGAAAAUGGAAGAAGAAAUGGGUUCAUGUUUUACCUUCAUCUUCUUCAUCUAAUUCCAACAACAACAACGCGAAUCAAAAUCACGCUAACGGUAGUAACGGUAAUAACGGUUCUCAUCUUCUUCUUUUUAAGUGGACUCCUAUUACUCAAAGCCAGAACAACGCCAACGGUAAUGGAAAUGGAAGUGUUAAGGAUGCGGCGGUGGAGCCGGUGGAAGAGCCACCGCGGCGCAAGUUUAAAUAUGUUCCGGUUGCUGUACUAGAGGAGCAGAAAAACGAGGCUACCGAAGAUGAGGUUGCCGAAAAGGUUGAAGAUGAAUCUAAUCCAAUAGAGGCUGAUUCAAGUGCAGCAGAACCAACCAGCAAGAAUGAGACUUUGGAUGAAAAACCUGAUAUAAAUGAUGUCCCAAUGGAAGAAAGCGAGCCUCAGGACAAAAAUCAGGUAGUACGCCAAGAUCUCAAUGAAAGUUUGGAUUUGAGUUUGGGUUUGACAUCACAUGAUGAAGAUCAAGAUUCUGAUUCAAAAACUAAUCAACCUACAGAUGGUCAGUAACUCAAGGCGAACUCAAGUGGUACUGAGACAUGAACAGGGUGGCCUCAUGAUUCUAAGUGAUUCAGUCUUUAUAUUGGCCUGCAGAAGUGAAUUUUCACUCUGGCUAGAUAUUGACUCCCUAGCUGUUUUAGGUUGGAUUGUUGUAGUGGCAUAUUGGCAUAUGCCCAUUGUAUGUUUUAUUAUUCUUCAAUGUCCUUGCUGGUCUGAUUAGAAUAUGUAAUGCAGGAACAUAUGAUAUACAUUUUCCAAUCAUUGAGCAGAAUUUUUUCCCAGAUACUUAUUUCGACAGAAUAUUAUGGGACUUGGAAGCUACAAUCAUGCGUAGCUGAAA